AUGAAUCAACCACAACAGCAACAACAAUUAUCACACUAUUUAGAUCAAUUCAUACUCGGUUUAUUAUUCAAAGAGUGUUCAAUAGAUGAUGGUAUAACGAGAUACUCAAAUGAAAUCAUAUCAUUGGCAAGUGUUUGCAAGAGAUGGUUGAAAGUGAUCAAGAUUGCUUUGAGUAGGUUCGACUCUAAAUCACAUUUUCUGAAAUACUCUUAUUUAGCUUUUAUUACAGAGUCAUUCAAGAGAAUAAACCGAGACUAUGAUCAAUUCAACUUUGGAUCUGAAGUCACGAUUCCAAGCAAUCUCAUCGACAUCAGUGACGAACAUGUUAUUGGGAAAUCAAUUUCAUUCAAAGCAUUUGUUCAACGGCAUUCAAAACAACUCAAACAAGUACACUGUAUUGACUUCGACCAAGAUUGGAUCGACAUAUUUCCACUGACAACAUUGACUAGAUUGUCAUUUCAAAUUACAAGUCUGCCCAAAAGCACACCAAUAUUUCCACCGACUAUCGAAUACCUUUCUAUUUCAGAACAUACUAUAAAUAUAGAUCAUGGCCGUAUAGAUUUCAAUGAAUGGAAAUUGGAUCAAUUACCAAGACUAGUUGAAUAUAGCGGUGGAGUCCGAACAACUGAAUAUGAAGAAAAAGAUUUCUUUAUUCUUUUCGAUUGUAUCUCUGCAAGUCCAACAUUCAAACAUUAUACUCAAUUAUUUGGCCUGCCGUCGUAUACCAAAGAAAUCAAACAAUAUGUUCAUAAUUACCAACAAAGAAAAGAGGGAAAGAGACUUUAA